AUGAGGUUAAAAGUGGGAUUUAUCCUCCGUAGUUUACUGGUGGUAGGCACUUUUUUGGGUCUGGUGGUCCUUUGGUCUUCUCUCUCACCGAAACCAAGCGACGAAAACCCAUUUGGUGGUAAACUGGAAGCAAGAGAUGCUGCUAAUCUGCCCAACCCUCAGAACGCUGGGGCCGACCACUUUAAGCCUGUGGUACCCUGGCCUCACGUGGAAGGGGUGGAGGUGGACCUGGAAUCGAUCCGCCAGAAGAACGGCGCCGACAAGCCGCAGGCCCGGCUGCUGCCUCAGAACCAACAGAACAUCAUCCAGAAGCAGUACGUCACGUUCAAACCCCACAACCACCCGUACACGGCUCCGGUCCUGAGGACGGGAGUCUUGGGUAACUUCGAGCUGAAGGAACCAGAGCCGCAAGGGGUCCAAGGCGGACCGGGGGAAGGUGCCAAGCCGUUCGUCCUGGGACCGGAAUACAAGGAAUCGGUCCAGGCCAGCAUCAAGGAGUUCGGCUUCAACAUGGUCGCCAGCGACAUGAUCUCCUUGGACAGAACAGUCAGCGAUUUGCGCCAUGAAGAGUGUAAGUACUGGCACUAUGACGAGAACCUGCUGACGUCCAGCAUCAUCAUCGUCUUCCACAACGAAGGCUGGUCCACGCUGAUGAGGACCGUACACAGCGUCAUCAAACGCACGCCGCGAAAGUACCUCGCCGAGAUCGUCAUGAUCGAUGACUUCAGCAACAAAGUGCAUCUGAAGGAGCGUUUAGAAGAGUACAUUAAACAGUGGAACGGUUUGGUCAAACUGUUCCGUAAUGACAAGAGAGAGGGACUCAUACAGGCCAGGAGUAUAGGAGCCCGGAAGGCCACAAAGGGACAGGUGUUGAUCUAUCUGGACGCCCAUUGUGAAGUAGGGCUGAACUGGUACGCUCCACUGGUGGCCCCUAUAUCCAAGGACAGAACGAUCUGCACGGUGCCCCUCAUAGACUCCAUUAACGGCCAGACUUUCAGCAUUGAGCCCCAGGGCAGCGGGGACGAGGAUGGCUUUGCCCGGGGAGCAUGGGACUGGAGCAUGCUCUGGAAACGAGUGCCUCUCGGUAACAGAGAGAAGCAGAAGAGAUUAACUAGAACCGAGCCCUAUCGGUCUCCGGCCAUGGCGGGGGGGCUGUUUGCCAUAGAGAGAGACUUCUUCUUUGAGCUCGGUCUCUAUGACCCUGGCCUACAGAUCUGGGGAGGAGAAAACUUUGAGAUCUCCUACAAGAUUUGGCAGUGCGGAGGGCAGCUGCUGUUCGUGCCCUGCUCUCGUGUUGGACACAUCUAUCGCCUGCAGGGCUGGCAGGGAAACCCGCCCCCAGCCCAUGUUGGCUCCUCCCCCACCCUCAAGAACUACGUGCGCGUCGUGGAGGUAUGGUGGGACGAAUACAAGGACUAUUUCUACGCCAGUCGUCCGGAGACACUGACGCUGGCGUACGGAGACAUCGGCCCGCUGAAGAAAUUCAGAGAGGAACAUCGCUGCAAGAGCUUCAAAUGGUUCAUGGAGGAGAUCGCUUAUGACAUCCCCGCACACUACCCUCUGCCUCCCAAAAACGUGGAGUGGGGAGAGAUUCGUGGAUUUGAAACCAGUUACUGUAUCGACAGCAUGGGCCACACCAAUGGUGGGAACGUGGAGAUUGGGCCCUGUCAUAGGAUGGGUGGAAACCAGCUCUUCCGUAUUAACGAGGCCAACCAGCUCAUGCAGUAUGACCAGUGCCUGACCAAAGGACCCGACGGUUCGGCCGUCAUCGUCACGCAUUGUAACCUGAACGAACACACAGAGUGGAGGUACUUUAAGGAUCUCCAUCGCUUCACGCACAUACCCACUGGAAAAUGCCUCGAUCGGUCAGACAUCCUACACAAAGUCUUCAUCUCGGACUGUGACAACAGCAAGAGCACUCAGAAAUGGGAAAUGAACAACAUAGUGGCUGUUUGAGACCAGCCAAUCUUUUGGUUUUUUUUUUUUUUUUUAAAAAAGAAAAACAUUACGGGGGUGUUUUUAAGAGACGAUGCCGUCUUGAUUCACCCUUUAUCAGCCGGCGGCGGCACCAGAAUCGUGUAAAUGUGUUUACUAAUGUAAAUACGUGACCA